AUGGCUGCCACGAACAUUGAUUUGCAACCCUCGCGCCGUUUCGCCAACAUUACUCAAGCCAAGGCCUUGGCAAUGCAAGUUCAUGGUAGUGACAAGGCGAUAUGGCAGGCAUACCUUGCUGAAGCGAAGAAACGCGGUGAAGCUGACCAGCGUCGGCUUCAGAAAUGGGAACGAAGUGAACAGAAUAGCCGUGUUCCUCAUCUUCCUGUUUUCAACGAAAAAAGGAGGAACUAUGAUAGAGGACACAAUUUAAUCCUCCGGGCGAUAGCUAUCUUUCCAUACUGGGAUCGCCAGACACGAACACUCGAACCAGGCGUCUACUGUCAGGCUUGCACCUACGACGCAGAGAAAAUGCCGGGUUCUUUGAAAUACCAAGGCACAAUCUGGGAUGAGUACCCAAGUGCCCGCUGGGACGCUUAUCAUCGAGAGUUCUUGGAAGAUGAUAUCCCUGACCAUUUCCUCAAUUGUCCCGCUGUCAAGCAAAACUAUGAUUUUCAAAUCAUCGUAAUGGUGGAUAAGCAUAAGAGGAAGGGAACUAAUUUUACCGUGAGACCCAGGAAAACCAGCGGGGUCUGA